GCACAUGUAUUAGAAGAUUUAGGGUAUUUAAAAACCGGACAAAUGCCAAAAGGCUUCGAUCAAAAGAAAAUGAGAGCGAAUAAUCAGGCAGUAUCGGUACAAUUUUUAGUCACAAAGUCUUAUAAUGGAGGCCCAACUUCUACGUUUUUCUUUAUAAAAAGUUCAUUAAAUGAUCUACUAAAAUCCCGUGUCGGAAUACUACAAAACCAACAGGGAAAGCGUUCUAUAAAUACAAACAGUCUUCAGUUGUUGAAGAGGUUACAACAAAGAAAUGUUGAGAAUGAAGCAAUUGGUGAUUAUGCCAGAGUUAUGCGUUCAGCAGCCAAUAAACAAAGCCCUGAUUGGAGUGAUUUGGGAUGGGCUUGGGGGUAA